AUGUCCACCGCUGAUCUGCUUCGAGAUUUUCUGAGCGUCCAGGCAGAUCGCGCGCGGAUCUACCAUGCUUUUGAAGGCGCGUUCGCGGACAACCUCUCAGGAGCCUCGCCGGAUUCCGCCUUCCACCGCGCGUGCCAGGGCAUAACGGCCGACUUCACGCGCUGCUCACUCAAGGUGCGCGAGGUGGAGGAGCAGCUGCGGGCGGAUGGCGUGGGGCGCGCGGACCUGGCGGACGUUGUGCGGCGCGUGCAGGAGCAGGAGCGGGAGAAGCUCCACCUGACGGCUGUGCAGCACGUGCUGCGCAAGUCUCUCCGUCCGUCCGACCGCCCGCGCUCUGAAAUCGUCUCCUUUCUGCCGCAGCGGCACAGGGACCACCCGCAGCCUCUGCAGCAGCCACCGCCACUGGAAGAGCAGCAGGGGUGGCAGCAGAGCGAGGGGCGAUGCGCAGGGCAUCGUGAGCAUGAUGGUGCUGCCAAUAGUGAUGCAAAUGGUGGUGCCAAUGGUGAUGCCGAUGGUGAUGUGCGGAUGGGUGAUGGUGAGCGGCAGCAGGGCAGUGAGGAGCAGGCAGGUGUGGGCGGCGGACAGCUGACAGACGAUAGAGACACACAGACUCUCAGGCCCCACGGUGAUGCAGACACAGACGAGUGUGUCGGCAUGACGAGGUUUGCAGGUGGGGAAGACGCAUCCACAGGUGGUGCUGAUUGUGACAUUGCCCGUGAGCUGGCGCAUGCCUCACUGGUCUCUCCCGAUGCCCCUGUUCAAGGCAGCAGUAUCCCAGCCUCCGCUGAAGCCCAGUCACAUGUUGUAACAGGAGGCCCUGGCCCAGGAGGCCCUGCCCCAGAGGCGUCUCCUGCAGGGCAUGCAGCCCCGGUCCAGGGGCUAUCAGGCGUGUCCGUGCCCCUCCAGGGGAUCGCACCUGAAGCCGCUGCUGCCGCCUUCACUGCUGCACGCAGGGCAGGCGGGUGCGGGUGCGGGCACAGCAGUAGCAACGUUGCUGGUGGUGGCACGGGCAGUGGUGUGGUGGAGCAUGGGGAUGAGGACGGGGAGGGCGAGUGGGAGGAGCAGUGCGCGGUGGCGCGUCUAGAUGCGGAGUAUGAUGCAGCGGUGGCGGAGGUGAGGCAGGCCCUGGCGCGCAUAGUGGGGGACAUCAAUGAGGCGCUGGAGGAGGUGCGGUACGAGGUGGCGGAGCUGGUGGGGGAAGCUGACGUGGAGGAUGCCGCUUAG